AUGUUAAUGAAUAGGCCGCUGAUUGCAGAGCUGCACACGGUGAAUUACAGCAGGGCCCUAAUGAGCAGAGACACGGCGCGGCCUCGUCUCGUGCUCAUUCAAACCUCUCCCCUUCUGCUGAUGAGCUCUUUCCACUGCACAACAGUCAACAAAACCUCUACGCGAAACAUCUUCAUCACCACAGCCUCCUCCUCCCCCUCAGGCUUGUUCCAAAUACUCAAUGGGGUCAGUGAGGAGACAGUGGGGCCAGUGUGGAGCUGGCUGCACCGGUUUAUGGCUGAUGUCACACUCGUAUUACAGAGCUCCGCCCCUUCAGAGUGGAGCAUCUGCAGAGAAGUGCACCUGAGAAACAUCCACGACCUGAGCACGGAGCACCUGUCCACCACCGCAGACACUACAUCCCUGUGA